GGAUGAUGAAGGGAGAAAGUAAAGGUUGUGUUUAUUAUCUUUGCCUUCUUCAAAGUCCACAACCAAACCUCACUCCGAACCAAAACCAAAUAGCAUACCUUAUUCAUAAAGAACAAUGACUUGACCAGAUGAAACCAAGGAAUGUUUUCCAGCUUGGGCAAACCAGACAGAAACCAGCUUCACUCUGAUUCGAAUCAACAUUAUAGGAGUGAGAUCAUAUCAGGCUCUAUAACAAAAGAGAUCAGAUUGAAUAUUCAGAUUGUUCAUAUAUAGUUGGUGCUUGGGUUAUUUGAGUGACUUCCCAUCCAUUGUCAUCCUUAUCAUUGACUUGUUUUCUCAAGUUGGGUUCUCUUGUUGGAUCUGAGAGCAAGGAUACAAACAAGCUAAAUGUACACAAUAACUUGCCGGUGCUCUUGGGUACAUUCCAAUUCUUCAGUGGUGGCAGUAGCUAAUGAUAAAAUUAAUGAUGUGAGACAGACUAAUUUUGCAAAAAUCCCUUCAUGGAUCUCUUUGAAAUGCAGUCAGUCUUCUUUGAAAACCCAUAAAAAUCAACAAGGCCAAGUUGAAAACUUGCAUUUGAUUUCCUUAGCCAAAGCUGGUAAGCUUAGAGAAGUGCAUGAAUUCAUCAGAAGCAUGGAUGAAGCAUGUAUUUCCAUUGAUCCCCGAUCAUACAAACACCUCUUUAAAAUGUGUGGAAUGUUGGGAGCUCUGUCUGAUGGGAAAUUAUUUCAUAAUAGAUUGCAGAGAAUGGCUAAUGGCAAUAAGUUCAUUGACAAUUGUAUACUUCAAAUGUAUUGCGACUGUAAGAGUUUCACAGCUGCAGAGAGAGUCUUUGAUGAAAUGGUUGAUCGGGAUUUGUUCUCUUGGGCCACCAUCAUAUCUGCUUAUGCUGAGGAAGGGCAUAUGAUUGGAGCUAUUAGAUUGUUCUCGCGUAUGCUGGAUUUGGGAAUCAAGCCGAGCUCUUCUAUCUUCUGUACUCUUCUAGGGUCCUUUGCAGAUCCUUCGGCGUUGGAGCUUGGUAAACAACUACAUUCUCAGCUGAUAAGGAUUGGAUUUACUGCUGAUGUUUCAAUUGAGACGACACUCUCCAAUAUGUACAUCAAGUGUGGGUGGUUGGAUGGUGCUGAAGUCGCCACCAAUAAGAUGACUACAAAAAAUGCUGUGGCUUGCACAGGAUUGAUGGUAGGCUAUACUCAAGCUUUAAGACACACAGAUGCUCUGUUAUUAUUUGCCAAGAUGAUAAAAGAAGGUGUGAAGUUGGAUGAGUUUGUCUUCUCAAUUGUGCUAAAAGCGUGUGCUGCUUUAAAAGACAUAAACACUGGAAGGCAGAUUCAUAGUUACAGUGUAAAACUUGGCUUGGAAUCUGAGGUCUCAGUUGGUACUCCACUAGUGGACUUUUAUUCUAAGUGUGGAAGGUUUGAAGCUGCAUGUCAAGCUUUUGAGAGCAUACGUGAACCAAAUGAUUUUUCAUGGAGUGCUAUAAUCACUGGAUACUGCCAAAGUGGUAGAUUUGAUAAGGCUCUUGAAACUUUUAAAAAUAUAAGAAGUAAAGGAGUGAUAUUGAAUUCAUUCGUCUAUACCAACAUUUUUCAAGCAUGCUCUGCUAUCUCAGAUUUAGUUUAUGGUGCUCAGGUUCACGCAGAUGCAAUAAAAAAGGGGCUAGUUCAAUACCUUUCCGGGGAGAGUGCUAUGAUCACGAUGUACUCAAAAUGCGGAAAAUUGGACUAUGCAUAUCAAGCAUUCUUGACUAUAGAGAAACCUGAUACUAUUGCAUGGACUGCUAUCAUAUGUGCUUAUGCUUACCAUGGAAAAUCUGAAGCUGUGAAGCUUUUCCACAAGAUGCUGAGGUCUGGUGUAAGGCCAAAUGCUGUCACAUUCAUUGGUUUGUUAAAUGCUUGUAGUCAUUCAGGUUUAGUUAAAGAAGGAAAGCAGUUUUUAGAUUCAAUGAGUGUGAAAUACGGCGUCGACCCAACAAUUGAUCAUUACAAUUGCAUGAUUGGUGUAUACUCUCGUGCUGGAUUAUUACAGGAGGCUCUGGAGAUGAUAAGGAGUAUGCCAUUUGAACCUGAUACAUUAAGUUGGAAAACUUUACUAGGAGGAUGUUGGAGCCAUCGGAAUCUCGAGACCGCGUCGAUUGCAGCUGGAAAAAUCUUUCACCUUGACCCACUUGACUCUGCUACUUAUGUGACCAUGUUCAACUUACAUGCUUUGGCUGGGAACUGGGAUGAAGCAGCCCAAUAUAGAAAGAUGAUGGCUGAAAGGAACUUGAGGAAGGAAGUGAGCUGCAGUUGGAUUAUUGUGAAGGGUAAAGUGCACCGUUUCGUGGUAGGUGAUAGGCACCAUCCUCAAACAGAAGAGAUAUACUCUAAACUAAAACAGCUAUAUUCUGCUGUCAAAAUGGGUGAGGAGAGCCUUCUUAAUACAGAGGAUGCACUAUGCGGCUUUACAGAACGGAAAGAGCAGCUUCUUGAUCAUAGUGAGAGACUUGCUAUAGCCUAUGGUCUGAUAUGCACGGAAGCUGAGACCCCCAUUUUGGUGUUCAAGAAUACUAGAUCAUGCAAAGACUGCCAUGAUUUUGCAAAAAGAGUUUCAACUAUAACUGGUCGUGAAUUAGUUGUGAGAGAUGCCAAUAGGUUCCAUCAUAUUAAGUCAGGGGAAUGUUCUUGUAAUGACUAUUGGUAAUUUUUAGCUUAUUUCUUAAAGCUGCAUCAGUUUAUGAAAUAACAAGGAGAUUCGAAGGAUUUCAUCAGUGAAGUGCGGGCAAAAUCCAUUAAGUUAAUGUUGUUCCCUUGCUUAUAUUUUAUAUGUGAACGCAUGUAAACAAACUUUCAUUUUUAAUCCAUCAU